UUGCCACAACAUGGGCAUUCUUCUUAGCAAGAAUUAUUGCAGUAGGAUAAUGGCUAGGAGGAUUUGAAAGGCAUUAUGGCAUUAAGAUUUCCAAGGUUUAGCCAAGGCUUAGCUCAGGACCCCACUCCUCGUCGUAUUUGGUUUGGUAUUGCUAUCGCACAUGAUUUCGAGAGUCAUGAUAAUAUUACUAAGGAACGUCUUUAUCAGAACAUUUUUGCUUCUCACUUUGAGCAGUUAGCAAUAAUCUUUCUAUGGACUUCUAGAAAUCUGUUUCAUGUAGCUUGGCAAGGAAAUUUUGAUUCAUGGGUACAGGACCCUUUACAUGUAAGACCUAUUGCCCAUGCAAUUUGGGAUCCUCAUUUUAGUCAACUAGUUGUAGAAGCCUUUACUCGAGGAGGUGCUCUUGGCCCAGUGAAUAUCGCUUAUUCCGGUGUUUAUCAGUGGUGGUAUACAAUCGACUUACACACUAAUGGAGAUCUUUAUACUGGAGCUCUUUUUCUAUUAUUUCUUUCUGCCAUAUCCUUAAUUACGAGUUGGUUACACCUACAACCCAAAUGGAAACCAAGCGUUUCGUGGUUCAAAAAUGUUGAAUCUCGUCUCAAUCAUCAUUUGUUAGGACUCUUUGGAGUAAGUUCGUUGGCUUGGACAGGACAUUUAGUUCAUGUCGCUAUUCCCCGAUCAAGGGGGGAUAUUCCAUUAGGAACCGUAGAUUUUUUAGUACAUCACAUUCAUGCAUUUACAAUCCAUGUGACCAUAUUGAUACUACUUAAAGGUGUUCUAUUUGAUCGUAGCACACGUUUGAUACCUGAUAAAGCAAAUAUUGGUUUUCGUUUCCCUUGUGACGGACCUGGAAGAGGAGGGACAUGUCAAGUAUCUGCCUGAGAUCAUGUCUUCUUAGGUCUAUUCUAGAUGUACAACGCAAUUUCGGUAGUCAUAUUCCAUUUUGCUUAA